AUGUCUUACCUGAGCUUCAGUCUGUCUCCCUCUGCUGGACACUGUGAGAACAGCAGCGUCUCUCAGCGCUCUCUGUCCAGCUCCGUCCCCUUCCUCCUCUACCCCUCCUCCAUGGACCACUACAAGAGCCCCCUGAGGGGCCCCGGCCUCCUGCCCUACCUGUCCCCCUUCCACGCCCACGGACACUUCAGCGUCUACGAGUGUCCCUUUGAGCCGGCGUUCAUCCAGAAGCGAAACGAGCGAGAGCGUCAGAGGGUGAGGUGCGUGAACCAGGGCUACGCCAAACUGAGAGACCACCUGCCGGGUCAGAGCGCCGACAAGAGGCUAAGCAAGGUGGAGACGCUGAGGGCCGCCAUCAGGUACAUCAAAUACCUGCAGGGUCUGGUGGAGCUGGAGGACGGCCCGUCUCCCGACGCCUCGUCACCCGGAGGAGAGUCUGAGGGGGUCACAACCUGCUGA